CUUUUGUGUAAUAGCACCCUUGCGCACGACAUGCGGGCAUAAAUUCGAGUCACGGGCGGGGUACGUCAACACUACGUGGCCUUGAAGCACGCCGGCUGUCAAGCUUAUCUUGAGUCUUGGUUGUUGACGCUUGCGCAUACCGACAAUCGACACUGCUUAUUUCACCGCUCGCCGUCGUUGCACGCGGACGCCGCGACUCAGCUCUCGCUUUUGACGGCCACGCGUUGUUUACAACAGUCGAGUGUAAUAACAGUGAUAAUAAUGCCGUUUUUUAUUCCAUUACUUUUAAUUGUAUUGUGUUUAGUGUUACUGUUAACAAUUCUUCAUUAUGCGACGAAUGGAAGAAAGUAUUGGGUUUUAAGAAAUGUACCAUAUAGAGAACCGUGUCCCAUUUUCGGAAAUUUUGGCGCAACUCUAACAAUGAGGCGCAGCUAUACCAGCAUGUUACAAUAUUUUUAUGAUUUUUAUAAGAAUGAGAAAUAUGUUGGCAUUUUUCAAGCUCGGAGACCAACACUGUUUUUGAUAGACUUAGAUAUUAUUAAAAGUGUGUUAUCGAAAGAGUUCCAGAGCUUCACCGAUCGUAUAUCGGUCUCAACAGACACCAAAAGAGAACCCCUACUCAGAAAUUUGGCAAAUAUGAGUGGAGCUGAAUGGAAAGCGAUGAGACAUAUAGUUACUCCCUCAUUUUCGUCUGCAAAAAUGAAAGCUAUGUUCCCAUUGAUUGCGGAAUGCGCAAAUGGUUUCAAGGGAGCACUGAACCUGGAACCCUCUGACGAAAUCAAUGUUCCACAAUUAAUGAGCCGAUUCACCACCGAUGUGAUUGGCAGUUGUGCAUUCGGCGUGGACCCUGGAUCGAUGAAGAAUCCCGAAUCGCCAUUUUUAGUUAUGUCUCAGAAAAUGUUUAAGACAGAUCGCUCCACUAUACUUAAAAGAUAUUGUAGAACAUUUUUUCCAUGGCUAUUUAAGUUUUUGAAUCUCAAGACGUAUCCGCUACACGUUGAAGUGUUUUUUACCGAUAUCAUAAACCAAGUGUUGACAACCAGACGCACCACGGGUGUUCAAAGGCAUGACUUUUUGCAGCUGAUGUUAAACGUACAAAAAACUGAGAAAGAAUUUCGUAUGACUGAUGCGCUGAUAACAUCGAAUUCUUUUAUCUUCAUGCUCGCUGGAUUGGAAACAUCUGCCACCACGCUAUCAUUUUGUUUGUAUGAGCUGGCUAAAGAUUUCGAUUUGCAGACUAAACUUAGGACCGAGAUUAGAGAAUGCUUGGAAAGGUGUAAUGGAGUGAAUUAUGAUGCGGUCUGUGCGAUGCGGCUGGUGAACCAAACCGUGAUGGAGACUUUGAGAAUGUAUCCACCCACACCUCUCACAACGAGACUGUGCACGACUCCUUGCACUCUGGAAGGAACAGAGCUUAGUUUUAAGAAGAGAGAUGCAGUGCUUAUUCCUUUGUAUUGUAUACAGAGGGACGCUAGAUAUUUCCCGGAGCCGGAUAAAUUCAAUCCAGAACGUUUCAGCGAAGGUGUAAAUCCUCAAGCGUUUUUAGCGUUUGGUGAUGGACCAAGAAGUUGUCCCGGAGCGCGCUUCGGUCAACUAACAGUUGUAGCCGGUCUCACUGGAAUCCUCACUAACUUCGUUGUUGAACCAUGUUCUAAAACCACACCCAGUAUUCAAUUUGAUCCGAGAAGCGUUAUGCUCAAAAACAAAGGUGGCAUAUGGUUACGAUUUAAACCAAUAUGAUGUAUGCGGAGUGCCAUGCCUUUACAGUAUUGUAGAAUUAAGCUGAUUUGACCUGUUUUGUAUUUAUAAAUUUGCUUAAAAAAUUGUAUCAAAGAUUUAAUAGUGUUGUGCUGUUUUUUUUUGUAAUGAGGCGGUUUUGACGGACUUCGAUGUUUAGACGUGUAUAAUAAUUGUGUAAUAAAUUAAUUAUGAUAAAAUUUGAUUAGUUAACUUUAUUAUAUAUUUGAAAUUUAAAUUUCACACAGUUGAUAAAAAAUACUUUUACAAAUAAAGUCUAUUAUUACAGUUUUAUAUUGCUUCAGAGAUUAGUAUGAACCGUUCCGCGUUUGAGCCGGGACUUUGACCGUUUUACAAUCAAGUAUCUGUAGCCUUAAUACUUAUUUGUAAAUGUACAUAAUUAAGAUAUUCACGGUAAUAAAUUUUUUUGCAACGCCCGUCUCAUAUAUAUUGGGUCCUCAAGUACGAUAAAAUACCUUUCAAAUUUCGAAUAUAUUUUAGUAAAUUCAAUCUUAUUUAAAGAUAAAUAAAAGUUUCUUUAUUAGUCAACGAAUUACGAAAUGUACUUUGGAUAUUAAUUAAGUCAAACAAAGUUCUUAGCUCAGAAUGUUUAUUCAACGUUAUUUGCAAUACAAAUAUAAUUAGUAAAGUUGUGUGAAGGAUUCCGAUUUAACGAUUGGAUGCUCAUUGUCUUCCAUUCGCAUUUAUAUCAUCACCAUCAGCAAUGUAAGCCCUUAGC